GUCCUCCGGCAGUCGGCAGUGACACUUUGGACCGCGCGUUUCGUCUCGUACUCGGACGUUCGUGGACACGUGUCAGUGCUGUAGCGGUGGCUGUGCCCAGUGAAAGUGCCGUUUCGGCAGUAAAGUAUUUUGCAACCGUCGCUCUCGUAGGGACUUCUUUCGAGUGAGUGAUAAAAAUACGUUGAAAAAGAUAUUCGGUCACACGAGCAAAGUGUGUCAGUAGGAUAGAAUUAAUUGUGAGACGAAAACACGGGAAGGUCGCGACUAUGCGCACGUGACCGCGUCGCGCUGACAUUGCACGCUCUUCCCCUCCAACAACGAUGGGCGAGGAGGACAGUCUGCAUUGCGCGUUAGAGCCGCGGAGCGACAAGCACGGUACAGCCUCCAACCCGCGAACAACCAUAUGCGAGCGAGGAUGUGGUGCGACCUCCGGCUCGUCGGAAGACGCUUCCGACUCGUCGUUCGAGUGCUGCUUUCGCGAGCCGGUGAUGCUGCUGAACGACGACGAGGUGAAUAUCGGCGCGGAGAUUGUCAUGGAUCAGGACGGCACGCUGAUCGACGAUGACCGUGCGAGCGAGAUCUUGCUCACGGAUUGUAAGGAAUCCAUGGCGUUUAAUGUCUGCGGCGAGGAAACGGUGGAACUGUUGCGGGACCGAUACAGUAGAGUGAAUCUGGCCGACAGCAGGAACCAGAGGGUGGAUAUGACGCACUUUGAUCUGCUCAAAGUUCUUGGCACCGGAGCUUACGGCAAGGUCUUCCUGGUGCGAAAGAGGACGGGCACCGACGCUGGCAGGCUUUACGCCAUGAAAGUCUUGAAGAAGGCUGCCAUCGUGCAGAAGAAGAAAACAACCGAGCAUACGAAGACGGAGAGGCAAGUCCUGGAGGCCGUUAGAGACAGUCCCUUCCUGGUGACUCUGCACUACGCGUUUCAGACUGAUGCGAAACUCCAUCUAAUUUUAGAUUAUGUGAACGGCGGCGAAUUGUUUACGCAUCUGUAUCUACGCGAACAGUUUCCGGAAAAUGAAGUACGCAUUUACGUCGGCGAAAUAAUUUUGGCGCUGGAACAUCUUCACAAGCUCGGUAUAAUUUAUCGGGACAUCAAGCUGGAGAACAUACUGCUAGAUCGAGAAGGGCACAUUGUACUGACUGACUUUGGACUCAGUAAAGAGUUCCUGCCGCACGAGAGGAACGGCAACGCGCGUGCCUACUCGUUUUGCGGAACUAUCGAAUAUAUGGCACCGGAAGUUGUACGAGGGGGCAUGGCCGGUCACGACAUCGCUGUCGAUUGGUGGAGCGUGGGCGUGCUAACGUACGAGCUGCUGACCGGUUCGUCACCUUUCACGGUGGAAGGCGAGAGCAAUUCGCAGCAGGAAAUCUCGAGGAGGAUACUGAGGACGGAACCGCCGAUGCCGGACUACCUGAGCCCGACGGUGCGUGACUUCAUCGGUCGUCUUCUCGUGAAGGAUCCGCGACGAAGACUGGGCGGUGGGCCGCGCGACGCCAACGAGCUCAAGGAGCAUCCCUUCUUUAAGAACGCGCCGUCACCCUUCAGCUGGGAGGCGUUGGAGAAGAGGCAGAUCAAACCGCCCUUCGUUCCUCGCAUCCAGCACGAAUUGGACACCAGCAACUUCUCGGACGAGUUUACAAAGAUGGUCGUCGCUUACAGCCCGGCGGUCGUCCCGCCUAACACGCGUGAUUGUUUACAGGGUUACUCGUACGUAGCGCCUCCGAUUAUGUUCAAAGAAGGCGAGGCGGCGUCCAGCGGCGGCGAGUCGUCGUCACGGCUGUCCGAAGACUUCCUGCAACAGUACGAGGUGAGCGAGAAAACUCUGGGCGACGGCAGUUUUUCCGUCUGUCUGCGAUGUCGCCACCGCAAGACCCAGCAGGAGUUCGCCGUGAAGAUCAUCAGCCGUAGGAUCAACUGCGUCCGGGAGCCGAAUCUGUUGCGCGCUUGCCAGGGCCACCCGAACAUAGUGAAGCUGAUAGACGUCUACCAAGACGGAGUGCACACCUAUCUCGUGAUGGAGCUGCUGUCGGGCGGGGAAUUGCUGCGACAGCGGCGACGCUUCACGGAGGAGCAGGCGCGCCGAGUGCUGCGGCAACUGGUGUCCGCGGUGCAGUACAUGCACGCGCGAUGCGUCGUGCAUCGCGACCUCAAGCCGGAGAACAUCGUGUUCGCGCACAAGGGCGAGGAUUCGCCGGUGAAAAUAGUGGACUUUGGCUUCGCUCGGAUAAAGCGCGGCUGUGAGCCGCUGCGCACGCCCUGCUUCACCCUCCCGUACGCCGCGCCGGAGGUAAUGACCGGCCAGGGCUACGACGAGGGCUGCGACCUCUGGAGCCUGGGCGCCGUUCUCUAUUUCAUGCUCUCGGGCGAUCCGCAGUCCUCCGGAGUCGGCUCGCCCGACCUGGCGACGCGCAUUCGAACCGGCGAGAUCGACUUCGACAGCGGCGCUUGGUGCCACCUCUCCGGCCCGGCGAAAGACGUGAUGAAGGGCCUCCUCACGCUGGAUCCCAACAAGAGGCUGACCGCGAGCGCGCUCGCGAGCCACCCUUGGAUAACCAGCCACCCUUGGCCACCGCCGCCUCUCAGCGCGAUCCUCCCGCCCGAUCCUAUCGCCGCCAUCGAGGGCUUCCGUUUGCGCGAGGUCGACGCUGCCAAGCUCGCGCAGCGCCGCAAGCUGCAGAAACGUUCCACUUCCAGCUCGGUCUCCUCCUCGGCCUCCAACGCUUCCUCGAGCCCGCCGUCGGCUCGGCUGCUGCGACCGCCGAGCGUCUCGACCAACGCGACCACUUCCGCUUCGCCGGCCCAACCGAGCGUCUUCGACUUUAACGAGGACCACGUGAACGAGUACCUCAGCUCUCUGUCUUCUUCUUCCGAUUCAAAUUCCCCGAGAAUCUCGCUACAGGAUAUCGUUGCCGGUAGGAAACGACGCAGGCGCGAGCGAAAAGCCCCGCACGACGACGCGGUCGAACACGGGCCGUUGACGCGAUCGAGAAAACGUAAGCUGGAACUGGCGGCGUUGAGCGGUUCCGACAGUUCCGCGAACGAGCAGGCCGAUGUGGAGACGAAUAUCCACAGGAAGCAGAAAGGCGGCAAGCGGUCCAAACGCCUCAGCGCGGAUAGAGAUUAGAACUUUCUUACGCUGGUUUCUCUCGUAACUGGCUCACUUUGUUUCCUACGCAUUUUACAUGGUAUGUGAAACUGCUGCCUUUGGCGUUCGUUCGCGAAACGAACACUGCAUCAUUCCUAUCUUGAGAGAGAGAGAGAGAGAGAGAGAGAGAGAGAAUGUGUGAAUGUUUUUAGCGUAUGCUAGCGUAUAGGGGGGAGUGCACACACAACUUUGAAGAUAUAUACAUGUUACAAGAAUGCAUUCUCGCUUUAGAUAUCGCGGAGAUGCGUGAAAAUGUCGCACUGUGUGAGCAGGGUCUUAACAAUAAAAUGUUUUCGCGAGAAUUUAUGCAAUAUGUAUAAAAUUUUAUUUUUAUUACUGUCGCUAUUACUACGCUCUAUCGCGAGUAGAUAAGUCACACGAGAAACCCAAAUUGUUUCGUUAUGUUAAACUGGGGUUGUCUGUGAUUACUGGGGGUGGGGGUGGUUAGAAGAAUUAUCACGCGUGAAAGUUUUCUUCCGAUCUGUAUCUCGCGAUCGAGAGCUGGAACGAAAAUUUUAACGAUUGCUUCUUAUGAAUAUGUAUAUAUGGUAAAUGUGCCUCGAAAAAACUCAUUCUGCUAUGAGUAAAGUACAUCAAAGACAAUGUAAUGUAGUAAAAAUGAAUGCGCGAUGGAUAUUACCUUUCGUAAACAGCGUAUAAACGCGUCAACCCGACUCGGUAUUAUUUACAAAAGAAAGCGUGCACUGCUUAUUUCAGUGGAUUUUUCUUUUCCACUUACAAUUCGCAGUCUUUCAAUAAUAACAGGAUGGAGAAAGUGCCGAAAAUCUAUAAAGAAAAGAGAGAACGAAUGAUACAUAGUGAAUCAAGUGCUCCUUUUUAGGUAGUCUGUUGUUAUAUACACUGCUAUAUAUACAUAUGUGUGUGUGUGUGUAUAUAUACAUGUACGUAUAUAGUAAUUACACGAUACGCGAUUAUGCCUUUUUUUUACACACACCGAUUAUAACGCCUUUAUAUGGUGUUUACGAAAAUCCUAUUUGUAAUGAUGUGUGUUUAGCGUUGUUAUAUAUUAAUUUCUAUACGGACGAAUCUUUAUAAAAAGAGAAAAUAAUGUGAUUUAUGAAGAUAACGGGUAAGGUUGAAAAGAAAAUUUCUCUUCAGUAUUCAACAUUUUGCGUAAGAAUCUUAACUUUAACUUGUAUUUAUGUAGUAUUCGAAGAGGAGGUACGUAAACAUUUUUGUUAUUGGAAUGGUGGAAACGAGCGAAGAAGACGAACGAAUGAAUUGUGACAAAGUGCUGUGAGAGAGCAUAUUAGAAUUAAUUAAAUCGGGCUAUAUCAAUUAACGUUACUUGAUUCGUGGCAAUUAAAUUAUAAAUUUAUAACUGUCGAGUUAAUCCUUUUCAAUUUUAGGCCUACUCUUGGCUUAUUAAUCAGCUUUGUGCGAAAGGAUCAGCAAUUGUUUCGUCAAAGCUGCGUCUCCUUUGUUUUCCGUGUUAUGUUUCUAAAGUUUGAAAAUGUAAAAAGAAAGAGAGAGAGAGAGAGAUUUUUCUCUGCACACAAUUCUUUUUCUACGACUUUAGGGAGAGAUACAUUUCGUUAAUCAUAUAUCGAUAGAAUUUCUUUUUCAUACAAUUGGAUAUAGUGUUGUUUACUUUUAGAGAAACGACUAUAUUAUACUCGAUGGCAAUCGCUGUGAGAAAUGAAAUAAUAAAUGGCUAAGACUGAAAAGUGGUUGUAUACCAACUCAGGGAACAGACGCGCGCGCAUUAAUUGAGUAACGUCUUGUGUUAUCCACAUUGUGAAAUAAUGUUACGCGAGAUAGAAACGCAUGCUUCUACCAAAGAACUUUCUACCGAACUGCGGUACUGCUCCGUAAGACCAAAAAAAAGUAUGGUAUGUAGCAGUGAGAUAAAGCUGUGUACAUACGUGAAAUAUCGUCAAAUUUCACAUACGAUACAAUAGUUAUUAUAUACAGAUAUUUAAAACGAGAAACCAUUGUGUAAAACAUACGAUUAUAUAUUUAAUAAAAUACAUUUCGCUAUAGAGAGAGUAAUAUUCUUUAAGAAGGGGCAGGGAGAAAGAGAUACAUACAUACGUAUAUAUGAAGAAAGGAAAUGUGUACAUAUACAUUAUAUAUAUGUACACAUAUACACAUUCUUUUACUUAGUAUUGCAAAAAUUUCACAUUACAUCCUAUGGGUUAUAUUAGCUGCAUGGGACAGAGAGAACAAAUCGUUUUCUUUUCUUAAUUGUGUGUGUGUGCGUGUGUGUAUAUAUAUAUACACACAAACAUUGUUACGUUACGAACUUUACUUUCAAAGUUCAAAGCCAUGCACAUACACAUGUGUAGAAACAUGCAUACAUAUAUGCAUGUGUGUGUGUGUGUGUGUAUGAAAAGUUAUACAGUUUGCGCAGCUUGUACAAGAACGCUGUUCUGUUACUACCGCAAGUAUGUAAAAGAGACACACACCUACCUUUGUUACCACUGGUUGUUAAAUACAUCAUGAUGCGAUAUUUAUUUAUAUAA